AUGGACAAGUUCCUCCUGCUGGAGCUCCACAUUCUGCUCUGCUGCUUUAGGGUACUGUCUGGGUCAUUUUCAGACAGAGAUAAUGCAGCACAGUUGAUGAAGUUCCCAGGAGAAAAGUGUUACAAAGGAAGAGGAACAUGUAUUGCAACAACAGAAGAGGCCUGCGCAGUCGGGAGAAUCUUUAAAAAGGAUGGGACUCCCUGGUUGACCUUCCUGGGCUGCGUAAAGAACUGUGCUGAUGUGAGAAACAUGAGGUGGAGUGUCUAUCUGGUGAACUUCAGCUGCUGCAGGAGCUCUGAUCUGUGCAAUGAGAAGCUCUAA